UCCAUUCUUGCGCAAAAUAUGGGCGACCUUCACAGUCUGUUACUUCUACACCAUGUGCGGCAUGUCUAGCAAACUCCCAUCGUUACGGUCCAGCGUCGCUAAUCAAGUCUGAGCAGACAAUUACAAUUGAAACUUCUGGCUUCUUUAUAUCACGCUGAUCGUCAAAUUUGAAAACAACGAUUGGAGAAAGCAAGAAACGACGUCAGGGGCCCAUCAUUCAAGACAAGUUGAACGGCAAGACAAAAUCAGCCAUAAGCUGGUGUGAGCGAGAUGCCGUGCGAUAAUCUGUCGUGUAGCACAGCUGUGCGCGUACAGAAUAUCUCCGGAUUUUUGCAGAUGCUCGAACACGCGUUUGGUCUGCCAACUGCAUGUAUGCUCCGGCUACCCGUGGUUAUCUAUGCUUCUAGCACGGAGCUGUUCUGACACUCUGUCUCACGGAAGUCGACAGCCCGUCGUUCGCAUUUCCGGGAACUCUAAGAGGUAUCCGCCAGAUCUCGAUCGCGUUCGUAUGCGCAUGGCUAGAGCCGCAAGUCUUGGUGUGUCGCAAGAUCCACAAGAUCUGAUCGAAGGGGGCGUUUCCCCGAGUCUUGGUGCAGGAACCAUGGCGGCCCUCUUUCGGCAUCGUUCGUUGCUGAUGGAGAUGACCCUGCUUGUAUAGUUGGAUCUGGGGCCAUUACGGGCCGGAUCGAAGAUCGUAGAUGGCUUGGCUUGGGGCCGGCAGAUGCGACGCGUUUGCCGGGGAGGGUGUCGCUGCUUGAUGCGGUGCAUCCUCAUCUGUCCAAGCCAGAGGCACGACGC